UCUCAUCUCUUCCUAUCCAUCCAUGAAGAUCGCCGUCACAGGUUGCAAUGGCUCGGUCGGGAAACGCGUCGCGCUGCUGGCGCUACAGCGCGGGCAUCAAGUCGUCGGGAUCGAUCUUGCCACAAAUGCUGCAGACGGGUUUUCCCAGGACGAUAGGUUCGAGUAUCGCUCGGCGGACCUUCGCGACUUUGACGUCGUCUUACGGGUGCUGGAAGGCUGCGAGGCUAUUGCGUCCCUCGCAGGCGUGCCCAAUCCGACGGACUACAAGGUGCAAGCGCACAACACAAACGUUGUCAUCUCAUGGAAUAUACUUCGCGCUGCUGCAGAGCUCGGGAUCAUUCAUGUCGCACAGGCCUCGAGCGUCAACGUGAUCACCAUGGUAUACAGCCAGAAGCCCGACUUCCACUACUUCCCCAUUGAUGAGGAGCACCCGUGCCACCCGGACGAACCGUACGGCUUGUCGAAAGUCAUCGCAGAGUUGCAGGGCGACACGAUCGUGCGGCGGUACCGCGACAUGCGAGUGGCCAGCCUGCGCUUCUCGUGGUCCGUACGCGAAAAGCCCGGCGCGCACUGGAAACCGUUCAGCCGAGCAGCGACUGAUCUGUGGGGCUGGGUGCAUGAAGACGCCGUAGCUGAUGCCUUCCUCCUCGCCAUUGACCCAGACAACAAACGAUGGUCAGGGCACGAAGCUUUCUUCAUCAGCGCACCCAUCAUCUCCUACGAGGAACUUGACUCGAGGAAUCUGCGACUGGAAUACUGGCCUGACGUACCGAUCAAGGAAGGGAAGGACAUCAGCGGCCAGACCGGAUUUUUCGACUGCAGCAAGGCGAACAGACUACUAGGAUGGGCUCAUCCACAGUGAUUUCUAUAUCGGUAGGACCGCAGGAUACAGAUGAUAAGACGAAAGUCUUUAGGGGGAAGGAAGAAGGAUCAGAUUGCAGCGUUCACUCCGACAUGUAUUAUCUCGUCAGCCGGGGUCAACCAGGCGGCCGUCUCAGGGAACAUCGUUUUCAUGCGGCGGUAUAUCUCCUCGACGAGCACCGCCCGGCCCCAGUUGACCGCAGAUGCCAGACGGCCACUGAGGAUUGGUUUGCUCAUGACGUGGUAAUGCGGUAUUAUAUGCGUCGACGUCCUCGCAGCGCGGCGGAUGUCAUCGAUGGUAGCGGCGGCCUGCUCUCUUG